AUGGCGGACUCGCCUGCCUCGACCAAGUCGGUGCACACGAUCGUACUCGAUGCCGGGCCCCUCCUCAAAAACGUUCCCCCGCUAUCGACUUUGCUGGCCCAAGCCGAAGAAUUGGUGACGACCCCCGCCGUUGUGGGUGAAAUUCGAGACCCCGAUGCUCGUGCCAGGGUGGAAACACUUUAUCUACCCUUUCUCAAACAGAGAUCGCCGUCUCCGAAAAGUGUCCAGGUUAUCUCUGAAUUUUCGCGAAAGACGGGAGAUCGCGCGGUGUUGAGUAAAGUCGAUAUCGAGAUCUUGGCACUAGCCUAUGAGAUAGAGUGCGAGAGAAAUGGAGGAGACUGGAGACUGAGGAGUGUCCCAGGUCAAAAGCGCGUGAAUGGAAAAGCUCCUGUGAAGGAGGCCGAGAAGCAGGAAGAAGGCACCACUGAAGGCGAAAAGCUGGAUAGUGCUGAGGUUCCCGAGGUACCCCAGUCAGAUGCUUCCAAGACCGAGGUUUCUUCGAAUAUAGACACGGUUACAAGUAGCCUGGAACAAACAGACUUGAACGGAAAGGCUGAACAAGAAAAGGGCCUGGAAUCUGCAGAGGAGGUGGUGCCUGCAACAGACAGCACAGAAAAUGACACAGUUGAUGCGGAUGAGCUACAAGAUGAAGGAGAAGAUUCAGAUGGCGGUGGAGAAUGGAUCACGCCUUCCAACAUCAAGAAGAAACAAGCAAAAGACGAAUCUGCAAACGUGUCUACUGCCCAAGAGCUGAAGGUUAUGCAAGUGGCUACCAUGACCACUGAUUUUGCUUGCCAAAACGUCCUUUUACAGAUGAAUCUCAAUCUCCUCUCCACAACCACUCUACAGAGAAUCCGCCACUUGAAGACAUUCGUUAAACGCUGCCAUGCCUGCUUCUCCACAACAAAGGAAAUGAACAAGCAAUUCUGCCCUCGCUGCGGCAAAGACACGCUCACCCGUGUUUCAUGCUCUACUGACGCCAAUGGACAAUUCACACUCCACCUCAAGAAGAACAUGCAAUGGAACACUCGGGGAAACAGAUACAGUGUUCCCAAGCCGAUUCACGGUUCUUCCAAUGGCAAGUGGAAAGGCGGCGGCGGCAAAAGCGGCUGGGGAGUCGAUCUUAUCCUCGCUGAAGACCAAAAGGAAUACGUCCGUGCUGUUACAGAUGAGCAGCGACAGCAACGUCGCGAGAGGGAUCUCAUGGACGAGGACUAUCUGCCAGGUAUCCUUACGGGUGAACGGCAUAGAACAGGUGGCCGGGUCAAGGUUGGAGCAGGCCGUAAUGUGAACUCCAAAAAGCGAUGA